UUUGGGUUAAGGAGCCUUCAGCCGCUGUUUCUGAUUGCAAAGCUGGUUUAUGACAAUGAGCACUCCUGUACUUGUACGCAAAGCACCACCAACAUAAUUUCUGAACCAAUGCAAACUGCGACAGUUUCCUUCAAACAUGUACUACGAGACUUCAAUAUUACUGUACGCUCAGUCUGAACGUCAUUAGUCGGUGCUUUGCAGCGUUAAAGUUCCAAAGGUUUCCAUUUUCUGUGGGCAAAAUGAUAGCCCACAGAUAAGCAGCUUUAAAGUUUAGAAAUUUACCCAUACCUUGGGAGUUUAAGGCAUGGAGUCACCAACUAAGGAAAUUGAAGAGUUUGAGAGCAACUCUCUGAAAUAUCUGCAACCAGAGCAAAUAGAGAAAAUAUGGCUGCGGCUAAGAGGACUGAGAAAAUAUAAGAAAACUUCCCAGAGGUUGCGCUAUUUGGUCAAACAGUUGGAACGGGGUGAAACUUCGGUUGUGGAUCUGAAGAAGAAUUUGGAGUAUGCAGCUUCAGUGCUUGAGACAGUCUACAUUGAUGAGACACGGCGUCUGCUGGAUACAGAAGAUGAGCUCAGUGACAUCCAGUCUGACUCUAUUCCGUCAGAGGUCCGAGACUGGUUGGCCUCCACGUUUACAAGACAAAUGGGAAUGAUGCUGAAAAGGACUGAGGAGAAGCCGAGAUUCCGCAGCAUUGUCCAUGCAGUGCAGGCUGGGAUAUUUGUUGAAAGAAUGUACCGACGUACUUCGAAUAUGGUUGGACUAAGCUACCCUCCUUCAGUCAUCGACGUCUUAAAGAAUAUUGAUAAAUGGACCUUCAACGUAUUUGCACUGAACGAGGCCUGUGGAGAACACACACUUAGAUUCGUUGUUUAUGAACUUUUCACCAGAUAUGAUCUCAUUAGUCGCUUUAAGAUCCCUAUUUCUUCCCUUGUGUCAUUAAUUGAAGCCCUGGAAGCUGGAUAUACAAAAUACAAAAAUCCCUAUCACAAUCUGCUACAUGCCGCAGAUGUUACCCAGACAGUCCAUUCACUUCUGCUGAGAACUGGUGUUGUGCACUGGAUGACUGAACUCGAGAUAUUUGCCAUGAUAUUUGCAGCUGCUAUUCAUGACUAUGAACACACUGGAACUACCAACAACUUCCAUAUUCAGACCAGAUCUGAUUCAGCUAUCCUGUACAAUGACCGAGCCGUAUUGGAGAGUCAUCAUGUCAGUGCAGCUUAUCGUCUGCUGCAGGAGGAUGAGGAGAUGAACAUCUUGUUCAAUCUUUCCAACGAUGAUUGGAGGGAAUUUCGGACCCUGGUAAUUGAAAUGGUCUUAGCAACCGAUAUGUCUUGCCACUUUCAACAAAUCAAAGCUAUGAAAAAUUCCUUGCUACAGCCAGAAGGGAUUGAUAAACCGAAGGCCCUGUCACUUUUGCUGCACACAGCUGACAUUAGCCAUCCUGCUAAAACUUGGGACAUGCAUUAUCGCUGGACAAUGGCAUUGUUGGAGGAAUUCUUCAGACAGGGUGACAAAGAGGCUGAAUUGGGACUUCCCUUUUCUCCACUCUGUGAUCGUAAUUCAACCAUGGUGGCUCAGUCCCAAAUAGGUUUCAUUGAUUUUAUUGUGGAGCCAACAUUUUCGGUGCUGACUGAUAUAUCUGAAAAGGUUGUAACUCCUCUUAUUGAUGAAGCAUCCCGCCCUGGUGCUUGUGGAUUUCGACGUUGCAGUCUGAAUAGUAUUCCAUCUACUGAUGUGAAACAUUCAAAGCUGAAGCAUACAGGGGCUGAAGGAUGUUCCUCAAUAAAUUCUUCCCUGCUUGCUGUGGAUUUGAAGAACUUUAAAAGUUGCUGGAAUGAAAUAUUACAACAAAACCGUGAGAAAUGGAAAGCACUACAUGCAAAAGAUGCUGAAGAAAAAGCAAAAAGAGAAGCUGUAGAAAAGGCUGAACAAGAGUCCAAGGAAGUUGCAAAAAAUGAAAAUGCAGAACAACAUCACGUUAAUAAAGAACAAAGAGCUGAACAGGAAAGGGGCAGUGAUGAAGAAAAGCACACAGAAGGUCAUAUUGCCAAUAUUAAUCCUAUUCAUAACUCCAAUAAAGACACCAAGUCUAAUGAGGAAGAAAGCCAUUCUGAAACAGAGGAAAGUGCUGAAAAAGAAGCUUCUGAAAGCAGAACACAGCCUAUACAGAAUUGGUCAGACGUGCAGCCUGGCACUGGAAACUAGCUCCCCCGUGCUUGCUCAGAUCCGUCAGUUUUUUCCUACAAAGUCUGGCUGACAGAUGAAAGCUUGAACUGUGUUUCAAGCACUGCUCUUCCCAUUGACAAUUUUGAAAAGACUUUUAACUAAAUUCACUGUUUUUCAUUUAAGGUGUUCAUCAUUUUUGUUUAACAUUGCAUUAUUUUUGGAGAGGUAAAAAUAGUUCUCUAUGUUUUUAUUUUUUAAGUCUGGGCCCUAAUUCUCCCAUUGUAAUUACUGAUGUUUUAAAGUGAUGGUAGAUCUUAGGAAUUAAACAUGAAUGCUAUGAAGCUGUGUUAGCAAUAUUCAUCGAAUGCUGGUAAAGCACAAAGACUGGAAGUAAGGAGAGCACCAUGUAACAUUUUUGUUGCUUUGUGUGUACUAUACUAUAUUGAUGCUUCUCUGGCAUAAGAUUUCAUUAGAACUGUACUGUAGCAUAUGUAGGAAUAAAAGAUUCAAGUAGAACUUUUUUCAUGAAAUAGCACCCUUCCUACCACUUUAAGCCGGAACUACAAUUUGAUUUACUCUAUUUACUUAUAUAACUCUACCAAAUCAUUCUGGAAUCAAAUUAUGUGUCCUUAUCUGUAAAACUAUAAUUGACUUAUUCAUUCCAUUCCUAAACCCACCACUUCCACCUCUGAUAUCAUCACAUCUCGUCUUACUUGCUAUUGAAACCCUCACAUCUAUAGUACCUCUGACAUGUCUUUACAAAUGUUGUCCUGCAAGUUUUAGUAAACACAAGCUCAACAAAAACGCCUCUGCUUGUUUUCUGACAGGAAAGUCCUGCUCGCCAUCCCUGCUGUGACCUCUGCUCCCAGUCCUGGCAGAAUGCUGAUUUCAGGAUUUGUGUCCACCAUGACCUACCCCACCUAUGACCAUUAGGAUAUCUGUACUUCUCAAAUUUUAAUGAUUUAAAUAUCAUAAUUAGAAAUAAAAAAUUGCAGAUGGUGGAAAUCUGAAAUUAAAACAGAAAUUGCUCUAUAAACAUUCAGCAGGAACUGGUUCAGACAAAUGGUCCUGGGUCUAAAGUAACUGUUCCUCUUUUCACUGAGUUUACUGUAUUCCAUCUGUCUCUGUGGCGUAAGCUGCCGAGACCUAGAACACUACAGUUGUCUUCCUUACCCCACCAAUCCACCCUCCUGUUCUCCACCCACCCCCAGAAAAUACUUACAUUAUCAACAUGUAUUUUAUCUACCCUUUUUAUGUGAUCUGAUGUCUCUGAUAACAUUUCUAUGAAAUAUUUUACAACAUUACAAGCACUAGAUUAACAUUGAUGUUCAUAUACAUUAUUUUUGAGAGUCAACACACUAACUUUGCAUAAAUGGACUUUGAAUCAUUGUAACCUCUGAGGUUGAGGUGUAGGAUAAAAUGCUCCAGGAUUUUAACUCAACCAUAUCAAAGAAGCUUGAAGAUUGCUACAGGGCAUUUUGUAGAUAACAGACUCUGCUGCAACAGUACUGGAGAUUGUGGAAGUUUUAAAUGCUGGAUGACCUGGACAUAAAGUGGGCUGGUUUAGAACAUGUAUGUAGCACAGGAUCAGGCUUUUUGACCACCAUAUCUGCACAGAUAAACUAAAUAAUCCCAUCUGCUUUAUCCAUAUCCCUCUGCCUGCUCAUGUGUGUGUUUAAGUGCCCCAGAUCCAUUGCGAUUGUAUCUGCCUCUAACACCUUUCCUGGCAGUCUGUUGUUGGCACCUGCCACUAUCUGCUUUUAAAAUUCUGCCCCCGCCCCUUAAACCUAUCCCUCUAAUAGUUGAUGUUGAUACCCCAGGAUAGCUCUGAUUAUUUAUCCUAUCCAUACUUCUCAGAAUUUUAUACGCUUCUAUCAGAUCGCUCCUCAGCUUCCAACGCUCCACACAAAGCUAUCCAAAAUUUGUGUAACAUCUCCCUAUUCAAGCUUUAAUCUGAUUAGCCUCUUCUGGAGCCUCACCAAAGCCCCCACCUCCUUCCUAUAGUGUGGUGAGCAGAACUCUCCAAAGGUUUAUGUAACUACAACACAAUUUCCCAAGUUUUUAAUUCAGUGUUGCACCUGCUUAGGUCAUGCACACUGUUUGCUUUCUUUACCACUCUAUCCAUUUGUGUUGUCACUUUCAGGGAGCAAAAGGCUUGCAUCCAAGAUCUUUCUGUAAAUCAUUGCUCCUGAGGAUCAUGCCAUUUACUGUAUAGUUUCCCCUUUACAUUUAACCUCCCAAAUGCAUCACCUCACACUUGGUCGGACUGAGCUCCCCCUGCCAUUUCUCCAACCAGGCUUCCAACUGAUUCUGAUCCUGCUAUAUCAUUUGGCAACCUUCCUCAAUAUCCUCAAAUUCAUAAAUGUUCAUAUUGAGUGCAAACUUAUUAAUCAAUCUCCUGACAUUUUCAACCUAAUGAUUUAUAGAUAUACUGUAGUAUAUUACAAACAACAGAGGUCCCAGCACUGAUACAUGUUUAACACCACUGGCUACAGGCCUGCAGUCAGAAAAAAAUACUCCUUCAUCACAGCACUCUAUUUUUUAUCUUUCAUAACCAACCUAAUUUUGUAUACAAUUUACAGUUGACCCCAUAUGACUUAAUCUUCUGGAACUUUUCAAAUGUUUUAUUCAAGUCUGUGUACCCUCAUCAUUCACCUUUGUCACCUCCGUCAGAAACUCAAUCAAAUUUAUGAGACACCUCCCCACAAAAAAAAAGCUAUACUAACUUUUCCUGAUCUGUUCAUACUUUUCCAAAUGGGAAUAAAUCCUGGAGAGCAUCAUGCUGCUUGAGGUUUGACACUCAUGCAGGUAGGUAAAUGUUUUCCACCAUGCUCCUGAUGAACUCUGUUGAUGGUGAAAAAGAUUUGUGGUAUUGGAAAGCGGGAAAAAAGCAGCAUUCAACUUUUUUUUGGCUAGAGUAGUUCUAUGUCAUGUCCAGUUUGAUUUUGGGUCAGCAUUGAGAACAUGAUACUGAUCAGAGUGGGUGUAGUAGUGAAGAAAUACUUUGUAUUCCUCAUUAGCUGGCAAAUGUGUGCCUCUGUUAUAGUUCAUGCUAGCUUUCAAUAGAGCAAUCCAGUUAGCUCUAUCCCCAUGGCCCUUCAAAUCCAUUUCCACAAGUACUUUUCUAAUUUGUUUUGAAAUCAUUGAUUGUCUCAGCUUUUAUCACCCUCUUAGACAGUGAAAUCCAUAUCAUUAUAAUUCAUUGUGUGUAAAAAAAAGUUCCUUCUCAAUUCCCCCCACACCUUAGUGAUUUUAUUUAUGAAGCCUAAAAUCCCAUAUACUGUAAUUUGCUAAAUAUGCUCUCAACAUGUCUGCCAUCCUCAAAGAUCGAUGCACAUGAUCUCAGUUUUUGGCAUGAGAUUGGGCACCGUGUGUCUUUAUCUUCAUUUUCUAAUUGCUCUUCAUGUAAAGCGAAGUAAAUGUGACUAUGACAAACUAUUUAGAUUGAGAACACUGAACCAAGUUUAUGGCGUGCACAUCUAAAGCACUUACAAUAGAAUUCUGUGAAGAAUACAAUUAGUAAUGACAUUUCUCUCUGCACUUUUCAGAAAACAAAAUUUUACCUUUUUUAAAAAAUUAUGACUUUCUUGGAGCAUUCAUUGUCAUUGGAGAAGGUGGUUAGUAAAACAGUAGUUCAGGUUAAUUGUUCCAUCUGCCUUUUUCCUCAAUGUGCAAUUAAACUGUUUUAACUCAAACUCCAUUGAUUGUAGUUGCCCAAAUACACAGCAACUCUGUGCCUGAAAUUACCUGGAUCUGCAGGUUGUUUUAGUUACAGCUUGAGAAUAUUAUUUAUACUAAAGUUACAUUGUCUGUUUGUCCUUUGCUGAGUGUGCUUGAUUACCAAUAAUCUUUAGCAUGUUGUUGACGUAAGAUGUCAGUGUUAACCACUGCACUGUACGUCUUCUACAACAAUAUUCUAAAUAGUAAGUACGGAUGAUUAACUAGCCCUACAUUGCACAAUACGUGUCAAGACAAUAAGAUUUGCCAUUAACUGCAGAUUCGUCACCAUCACUACAAUGAUUCUCUAUCUCUUUCAACUCUGUACUAAUGAAAUGAUUAACAAGGUCUAUAGUAAGGAGACUCUUUUCAAGAUAUUCUACUCUUGUCCAUUAAAUGCUGUUAAACAUUUAAGAUGCAGAACUAGUAAGAAAAUAGAAGCCUGCAGUAGACAAUAAGAAGAAUUAAGAUUCUAGUUGGUGCCACACUUGGUUCAUGAAUUCCACUGUUCAAUCUCUGGAUACUGUAAGAAUUGUUGAAAGGUAUCAAUGUAAUCCGUGGGCUUAAUGAAGUCAAAAUUAAAAGUAAUGUUGGAAAUCAUAUUCUUUGAGGACUUUAGUGAAGAAUACUAAUUUAAUUACAUUAAAAUACGCAAGUUGUUCCUGUGGUGGAAUAUAGCUGGCUUAAAAUUUUAGGCACAGUAAUUCUUAUCACCUAUCACAAUAUUUAUGUGCACUGCUUGGUCAGGGACUUAGCACUUUAAUCCCAACAUUAGUGAGUUUGCUUGUAGGUUCUCAUCUUGUGUGUGGAUGCCAUUGGCCAGGCUCUACGGCAUGCAUUUAACAUGGGAUGUAGGACUCUUAUAAGUAAAAGUUUAUUGUUCAGUGCAGUUUUUCCAUCAGCCCCAAGCACUCUAUCCACUCUAAUUCUCAAACUUAACUUGGCAAAUCUCAAACAGCAGCUUGUUGUGAUCUCCCUUGAAUUCCCAGAAUUUGACUUUUAAGGGUUAGGUUUAGGGUUAACCCUAACCCCAAUGACCAACCCCACUAAUGCCUUGACCUGACUCAUUUCCUACUGCCAGAGAUGUCCUUUCCACAACAUUUACAAACCCAACCUGUACUCAUACCGUUCUUGCUUUCCACUGCUCCUCAGCAAUAGAAGAAAGCUUAAAUUAAAUCUGUUCUUUUUCACACACUACCUUGAUUACUCAGUUUUACUUUACAGUAGCAAAUGCCCACACAAAGCAACAGAUGCCCUUUUAACCCAUAAGUUUUAAACUAUUAUUCCCCUCAGUUUUAUUUUGUUAUCUUGCAAGUCCUGAUCAAAACCUUAUGUUAAAAACAACAAGCUGAAAUUUAUAUGAACAUCUGAUAAUCGAGUGGAAUCACGUACAUGCAGUGGAGUUCUGGAAAAUAUACUGAAACAGUUUGGACAUUGGCUAAAACCCUAAUGUUAUGCUGUGUUUCCUAAAUGGAAAGAUAGCUAAAAGAAACAUUUCUUUUAUGCUGUUGAUUUAAAGUGAGACAUCCCUGAUAUAAUUAACCAUUGGUAGGGACUUUUAAUUCUGAUAUGUAUAAUAGAUAAGUCUGAGUGAAGAUUAAUGGUUGCAUAGUCACAUUCACUUGAGACUGGAUAAAUAAGUGAUCAUUUAUAUCUUUGAACAGAUGCACACGAUACAGCAGAAAUGUCAGGGUUGUUAUAAUGAUAUUGUUACAUAGGUUGUUAAUUUAGCUCUAUUUUAUGUAAAUAGGUUAAGCGUUUAAGUAUUGUUUAAUGUCUUGAUGUUAUCACUCCAAUCUUGCAGGUGAUAUCAAGACUGGUGGAGUUGUGGUUAGUGUAGAAGACAGACAAAGAAUACAGCAUGAUAUAGAUUAGUUGCAGAUACGGGCAGAGAAAUGGCAGAUGGAGUUUAACCCAGAUAACUGCAAGGUGUUGCAAAUAAGAACGUAAGAAACAGGAGCAAGAGUCGGCCAUCUGACCCAUUGAGCCUGCUCUGCCAUUCAAUAUGAUCAUAGCUGAUUUGACCAUGGACUCAUCUCCACCUGCCUGCCUUUUCCCCAUAACCCUUGAUUCCCCUUCUAUGCAAAAAUGUAUCCAACCUUGUCUUAAAUAUAUUUACUGAGGUACCCUCCACUGCUUCAUUGGGCAGAGAAUUUCACAGAUUCACCACUCUGGGAAAAGCAGUUCCUCCUCAUCUCCGUCCUAAGUUUACCCUCCCAAAUCUUGAGGUUUUGUCCCUUAGUUCUACUCUCACCUACCAGUGCAAACAGUUUUCCUGCCUCUACCUUAUCUAUCCCUUUCAUAAUUCUAUGUAUUUCUAUAAGAUCUCCUCUCAUCCUAUCGAAUUUCAGCACGUACAGUCCAGCUGACUCAAUCUCUCCUCAUUGUCUAACCUCUCAUCUCUGGAAUCAACCUGGUGAACUUCCUCUGCACUGCCUCCAAAGCCACCUUGCUAGGGCAAAUGCAAGGAGACAGUACACUGCUAAGGGCAAUACCCAUAACAACGUUGCUGAGCAAGGAGAUCUUGGGGUCCAAGUUCAUGGCUCCAUGAAAGUGCUUCAGAAAGCUUUUGGAAUACUUGCUUUUAUUAGUUGAGGCAUUGAGUUCAAAAGUCAAGAAGUUAUGUUGCAACUAUAUAGAACUCUGAUCAGGCCACAUCUGGAGUAUUGCAUACAGUUCUAGUAGCCCACUGUAGGAAGGAUGUUGAGGAUUUGGAAAGGGUGCAGAAGAGGUUUACCAGGAUGCUGCCUCGUUUAGAGUAGACAGGAUAUAGCUUUAUUCCCUGGGUAGAAAUGUCUAAUACCAAAGGGCAUUCAUUGAAGGUGAGAGAAGGUAGGUUCAAAGAGUAUGUGAGGGGUAAGUUUUUAACUCAGAGAGCGGUGGAUGUGUGGAAUGUGCAGCCUGGUGUGGUGGUAGAGGCAAAUACAUUAGAGGCUGUUAAGAGACAUUUAGAUAGGCACAUGAAUAUCAGAAGGAUGGAGGGAUUGUGCACAUAGGAGGGAUUAGUUUUUUUGUGGGUUUUUGAUUUACUGGUUUGGCACACCAUUAAGAGCCAGUUUCUGUGCUUCACUCUUUUAUGUUUUAUGUUCUAAAGUGUGGGAGCUGAGUGAAUUAAAAACAUGGGAUUUUGAUUUCUGAUUAGUGCAAUGGUAUUGUUUUUGUAAUUUGUGGUUUAAAAUACUUUUAAUCAAUUGAUUCUAAAUGAGUAUUGGAGCAUUGGGAAGAUUUGCCAUCAAUCCACCAUAUCUCCAAUUAUUGUGCAGAAAUAAUAAGGACUAAUAGACAUUUCUCAUGGAUGAACUCUAAAACUACACAACAGAAGGUUAGUUUUCUUUGUGGUCUUUUAAUGCCCACUUACUGCAAUUCACACUUUAGUGGUUGUGGAUGGGUCAUAUUCUGUAUGGAGGUUGAUGACCAAUGGUGUGCCUCAGGAAUCUGUUCUGGGACUCUUACUCUUCGUGAUUUUUAUAAGCGACCUGGAUGAGGAAGUGGAGGGAUGGGUUAGUAAGUCUGCUGAUGACACAAAGGUCGGGGGUGUUGUGAAUAGUGUGGAGAGCUGUCAGAGGUUACAUUGGGACAUUGAUAGGUUGCAAAACUGGGCUGAGAAGUGGCAGAUGGAAUUCAACCCAGAUAAGUGUGAGGUUGUUCAUUUUGGUAGGACAAAUAUGAUGGCAGAAUAUAGUAUUAAUGGUGCUGCACCAUCAAUAACUCACUCUGAGACGUGAAGGCGAGAUAUCGGCUUUUAUUGACUGGAAGAAGGAACAAGCAGUGGUUGACCACCAUACUACAUCCUGGAGACUGAGAGGCCGGGCUCAGGCCUUGAUCGCCUUUAUACAGGGGUCUGUGGGAGGAGCCACAGGAGCAGUCAGCAGGGGACGUGUCCAGACAGGUAUAUGUAGUUCACCACAAAUGGUAAGACGCUUGGCACUGUGGAGGAUCAGAGGGAUCUUGGGGUCUGAGUCCAUAGGACGCUCAAAGCAGCUGCGCAGGUUGACUCUGUGGUUAAGAAGGAGUACGGUGUAUUGGUCUUCAUCAAUUGUGGAAUUGAAUUUAGGAGCCGAGAAAUAAUGUUGCAGCUAUAUGAGACCCUGGUCAGACCCCACUUGGAGUACUGUGCUCAGUUCUGGUUGCCUCACUACAGGAAGGAUGGGGAAACUAUAGAAAGGGUGCAGAGGAGAUUUACAAGGAUUUUGCCUGGAUUGGGGAGCAUGCCUUAUGAGAAUAGGUUGAGUGAACUCGGCCUUUUCUCCUUGGAGUGACAGAGGAUGAGAGGUGACCUGAUAGAGGUGUAUAAGAUGAUGAGAGGCAUUGAUUGUGUGGAUAGUCAGAGGCUUUUUCCCAGGGCUGAAAUGGUUGGCACAAGAGCGCAUAGGUUUAAGGUGCUGGGGAGUAAUGGGCUGCCAGCAACGGUGAUACAAUAGGGUCUUUUAAGAGACUUUUGGAUAGGUACAUGGAGUUUAAAAAAAUAGAGUGCUAUCGGUAAGCCUAGUAAUUUCUAAGGUAGGACAUGUUCAGCACAGCUAUGUGGGCCGAAGGGCCUGUAUUGUGCUGUAGGUUUUCUAUGUUUCUAUGAAAGCAAAAUCGAGCUGUAUCUUACUGAGAACAGGAGAGCAGUUUUCAUGUUACUUGAGAAACUGUUGGACAACACAAGAUGGCAAUUCAUUCAGCAGCAAAAUUCAAGGAAAAUACCCAUUAGGUAAACCUGACUUAACUUGGCGUGGUGGCAAAUGUUUAUACUUAUAUGACAGUCUGUCCUUAUUCUGAUAAUUCCUUCAUAGUAUUUGCAAAUUAGUUGCUAAGUUUUACACAAUAAAAUCUUUUUUAUAUAAUUUAUAUUCUAUGUUGGAUAUAUGCUGCAUUUCAAGAUCUUCAGCUAAUUAGAUCGAUUCAACACUUACCAGAUUUAUUUUAUAAGUGAACCACUUUAAUGAGUGCAGAUUUGCUCCACAAUUUUGCUUAAGUGCACUUUCAUUUAUCUGCAAUGAUGAAGUGGCAGUGUUUGUAUUUUUGGUAUCUUAGAUAAAUGGGAUGCUGAUAGGGGCUACUGAGGAAGUAGCUGCCUGAAAGAACAACAUUAUAUUAAAAUAUCAUAGCCAGUAUGUUAUGUGUGCUUCAAAUCUAAAGGUCUCCUAUAACAUACUUCUGGAUGCACCAGUUACAUGUUUGUAAUUUUCCCUUGCUUGAAAAGGUCAGAAUUCACUACUUCAUAUGUAAUGUUAGUUAUCGUAGAAAACAGUUUUCCCCCACUGUAAAUCAUAAGGCUGGUGAGAAAUAUGUUCAUUGGCUGUGUAUACCUGUUUGUCAUGCUCAAUAGUUAACAUAUGAAAAAUGAGUUCUCGCUCAUUCGACAGAGUGAAAAUGUGCAAAGUAAACUCUGCUGAUUGUUCCUGUCUUCACAUUCUCAUAUCGUGUGUCGCAUGUGCAUAUUCAGUCCUGUUCUUCAUGUCAUUUGAUGAUGAAAUUGGAUUCUGAAUGCAUUUCUUUUGUGUAGCUAUUCCAUUGUGUAAUGUGAAAAUAAACUCUGUGGAAACUGGC